AUGGGUAUAGAAACUCGUUUAGAAAAUUUAUCAAACGAGAUUUUCGUGGAAACAUUUGACUAUCUACAUGCACUUGAUAUCUUUAGUGCAUUUGGUUCAUUGAAUAAACGAAUUUCGUCGAUUUUACAAUCAACUCUACUUUGUAUUGUUAUUUCAGAAAUUCAUUGUCGUAAUCAAGUUGAUUUUCUUUCUUCUUAUCUUACUUUCCAUGAUCAUCAAGUUAUUUCAAUAAAAAUCGAUGAUACAAUUCGUGAUGAUACAUCUAUUAUUAAUUUAUUAUUCAAUCGACAUGAUUUUAUUAAUCUUCAAUUCUGUAAAUUUAUAAGAAUUGAUCAAUCAACAAAACUUGACAAUGUUAUUCAACAAAUAAAAAGUUUUGAUAAACUUGUUUCAUUUAAUAUUUUUAAUCUAAAUGGUAUAACUAUGAAUAGAAAUGAUAAAUAUGAAUUAGCUCGAAUUAUGUUAAUGCACAAAUCAUCUUCUCUGCGUUCAAUUGUUCUACACUAUCCUUAUCAUUAUUCAAAUAUUUUCAAUAAUAUUUCAUUAUCUUCAAACAUUACAUCAUUGUAUUUAUAUAUAUAUGGUUCAUCUUCAAUCGUUUCUGUAGAUUCAAUUUUGGCAAUUCUUCACCUUUGUCAUAGAGUACGUUGUAUAGGCCUAACCGUGAAAGAUAAGGAACCGGUUGACAAUAAUGAUUUCUAUGAUCCAGUUCCGAUACCAUCUGUUGACGAAGAUGAUCUUCCUGUAUUAUCACAUGUGAUCUCAUUUGAAUUGACAUUUUAUGUUGCAUGGAAUACUGCUUCAAUUAGUUAUUUAUUGCGUUGUAUGCAUAAUCUUAAGAUUUUCAUUUUUAUGUUUGGGCCAUAUAAAUCAAAAUAUUUAUUUCCUGUGGAUUUAAUUGACGGUUAUGUAUGGCAAGAAAUGUUAGAACUUUAUGUUCCAUAUCUAUCGAAAUUUGAGUUUCAUAUGUCAAUUUGGAAAUAUAGUCCACGAACCGAUUUGAAUAUUGUUAUUAAUUCAUUUAAAUAUUUUGUUAACAAAUAUUCUAACUGGCACAUGAUUAUUGAUCAAUGGAGUUUACAGUCUUCAACUCCAGCCGAAUGUAUUAUGCUUCGUACAUUGAAUUAUCACAAACACAAAUCGAAUCCGUAUACAUAUAUACCUUCAAUUCCUAGUGGAAGUUUUAACUCACAAUCAACAAUGGAAAAUAUAGAUGAUCAUUAUCUUUUUUAUAAGAAUGAAAUAGAUUUAAGACUAUACAUAACAUCUGAAAGACCAAAUAUUACUUAUUCUUCUCCAUUAUUUCAACAAAUCGAAUUUUUCAAAUUAGAAAUAUCAAAAAUUCCUUCAACAUGGUUGAACAAUUUUCUGGAUAUUGUUAAUUUUCAUAAAACAAGUGAUGAUGAUGCAGAAGAAAUUGUUACUUAUCUUUCAAAUUGGAUUUAUUUAUUCAAAGAAUGUUCAAACUUGACCAUGCUUACAAUAUUAACUGAAUUAUUAAUCUAUUCGAAAUUUAUUGAUAAUUCAUUUCUUAUUCCAAUUUUCAAACAAAUUGAACUAAUCGAAACAACAUUUGAAGAUGUUUAUUUUUCUCCAAGUUUUUCAAUGAAAUUUGUUGAUCGUUUUCCAUCACUUACACAUAUCAAACUUCAAAAUCUUUCAUAUAUUAAAAUUGAUUAUUUUGAAAAUUCAUUACUUGAUGAUCCAUUUUCACUUGAAAAUAUUAUUGAAAAACGUCGUCAAGCAUUUCCAAU